GCCGGCCCGGCCAGAGCAGGCGGCCGGAGCUGCGGAGCCGCCUCCUUCCCUCACUCCUUCCCUCCCUCCGCCUCCUGCAGCGGCGGCACCACCUCCGCUCCCCAGCGCAGCGCAGCGCAGCCCAGCCUAGCCUAGCCCGCUGCUAUGAGCCGCGCCGCCCCGUGAGGCGCCCGGAGGGUGCGACCCGCGCCAGGCCGCCGAGAGGUGUGGAAGAAAAUGUCAGUCAGCAUGCAUGAGAAUCGUAAAUCUAGGGCCAGCACUGGCUCCAUAAACAUAUACUUAUUCCACAAGUCGUCAUAUGCUGAUAGUGUCCUUACUCACCUGAACCUUCUGCGCCAACAGCGUCUUUUUACUGAUGUGCUUCUUCAUGCUGGGAACAGGUCAUUCCCAUGCCACAGAGCUGUUCUAGCUGCUUGCAGCCGUUACUUUGAAGCAAUGUUCAGUGGAGGACUUAAAGAGAGCCAGGCUAGUGAAGUCAAUUUCCAUAAUUCUAUUCACCCAGAAGUCUUAGAACUUCUGCUGGACUAUGCGUACUCCUCUAGAGUUAUCAUCAACGAAGAGAAUGCAGAGUCCCUGCUGGAGGCUGGAGACAUGUUAGAAUUCCAGGAUAUCCGAGAUGCUUGUGCAGAGUUUUUGGAGAAGAACCUUCACCCUACCAAUUGCCUUGGCAUGCUGCUGCUGUCUGAUGCUCAUCAGUGCACCAAACUUUAUGAACUCUCUUGGAGGAUGUGCCUUAGUAACUUUCAAAUCAUCAGUAAAAGUGAAGAUUUUCUCCAGCUGCCAAAAGACAUGGUUGUGCAGCUCCUAUCCAGUGAAGAACUAGAAACUGAAGAUGAAAGACUAGUGUAUGAGUCGGCCAUGAACUGGGUUAACUAUGACCUGAACAAACGCCACUGUUAUCUACCUGAACUGUUGCAGACUGUGAGACUGGCUCUCUUGCCAGCCAUAUACCUCAUGGAGAAUGUAGCCAUGGAAGAGCUUAUCACAAAGCAAAGGAAAAGCAAAGAGUUAGUAGAAGAAUCUAUAAGAUGCAAGCUAAAGAUCUUGCAGAAUGAUGGUGUGGUUACCAGUCUGUGUGCCAGACCUCGUAAAACUGGCCAUUCACUCUUUCUUCUGGGGGGCCAGACCUUUAUGUGUGAUAAGCUAUAUCUGGUGGACCAAAAGGCAAAGGAGAUUAUUCCAAAGGCUGACAUUCCAAGUCCACGGAAGGAGUUCAGUGCUUGCGCUAUUGGCUGCAAAGUGUAUAUCACUGGGGGCCGGGGAUCAGAAAAUGGAGUCUCUAAAGAUGUGUGGGUAUAUGACACUCUUCAUGAGGAGUGGUCCAAGGCUGCUCCCAUGCUGGUAGCUAGAUUUGGCCAUGGUUCAGCUGAACUCAAACAUUGUUUAUAUGUUGUUGGAGGACAUACAGCAGCAACUGGUUGUCUUCCUGCUUCCCCCUCAGUAUCCUUAAAGCAAGUAGAGCAGUAUGACCCUGUGACCAACAAAUGGACAAUGGUUGCCCCUCUUCGAGAAGGAGUGAGCAAUGCAGCUGUAGUCAGUGCAAAACUUAAGCUUUUUGCUUUUGGUGGUACCAGCGUUAGCCAUGACAAGCUGCCCAAAGUUCAAUGUUAUGAUCAGUGUGAAAACAGAUGGACAGUGCCAGCCACCUGCCCUCAGCCCUGGCGCUAUACAGCUGCAGCUGUUUUGGGCAACCAGAUUUUUAUUAUGGGUGGAGAUACUGAAUUCUCUGCAUGCUCAGCUUAUAAAUUCAACAGUGAAACAUACCAGUGGACCAAGGUGGGAGAUGUGACAGCUAAGAGAAUGAGCUGCCAUGCAGUAGCAUCUGGAAACAAAUUGUAUGUUGUUGGAGGCUACUUUGGGAUUCAAAGAUGCAAAACUUUAGACUGCUAUGAUCCCACACUAGAUGUGUGGAACAGCAUAACCACUGUGCCCUACUCAUUAAUUCCCACAGCAUUUGUCAGCACGUGGAAACAUCUCCCCUCCUAAUUAUGUGUAUGCUGCAAGUAAAGAUGAUCAGUUUACUCUGUUAUUUGGAGAAGACAACUGGAACCUCAGCUGUGGAGAAAUGGUUUUUAUGAAGAAAAAUUGUUCAGUGUCUCUUGAGUUUGAAGAAAAUCAUCUGCACCUUGUAAAUUAUCUGACCUAUACAUGAAGGAAUAAGAGGAAAAAAUGUCCACUGCAUCAGCACAUGGUAUAAAUAUGAAUGAAUAAACCUGUAACCUGGUCCCUAUGCUAGCAAUUGUGGAUAAAUGCCAACGUUGAUCAGUCAUUUAAAGAGGAAAAAGAACUUUUCAUAACUGUGCAACACAUAAUUCUCAAUUUCCAUGGACUCCACUGUUUGUGUGUGAAGUUUUGAAAUGGUUGUCACCUCUCUUUGUGACAGUUUGAAGUGUCAGCACCAGCUGCAGGCCAGGUCUGAAACAGUGAGAUGUCGCUGUGUAUGAAGAUAAAUCUGUAUUGCUGCAGAAUUCUGCUAUAGGAAAUGAGCUUCUUUAUAGGUGGUGCCUGAAGCAUCCAUUAGAUUAGUUUAUUGUAUUGUCCUAUCUGCAGUUAGUGACCUUUUAUCUGAUAAGGAACAGCACAAUCUGUGUGUGUAUGUUGGUGCGUGUGUGUGUGAACUUUUGUAACAGUGGGGAACAAGUGAUGAAAACCCCAAAUUAUUUGUAAUUUUCCCCCUUCCUUCCCUGUAUUUAUCAGUGACUUUACUGUUCCAUUCCUGUUAUGUUACUUGUUGUAGAUGUAGCUAUUUAUUGUUCAGUGCUUGCAUGCUGAAACAAUGCCUGCAGUUUGUCUUCAUGUUGUAAGGGCUUCUGUGAAUAGUUGUACGUUUUGCACAUUUUGUGAUCUCUGACUUGCUCUGCUGCACAAAAAAAGAAACUGUUGAGUAACAGUUGGGGGUUAGGGGUAGGGCAGGGGGGAGGGGAUGGCUUCCUCAGUCGGAAAUGGAAGGAUUACAAGGCAGGAUCUUAAAUUACACGCAUAGUAAAGGAAGAAGCCAUGGAGGUCACUUUCUCAGGCCACCAACUCCCCAGGUUAUAUGUGGUGUGUCUUGUAGAUAGUGUCCCUGCUACAUUUCAUUUGCCUGGUCAUGUCUUUGAAUUUCUAAUCUGGAAUAGCCAAAAUCUUUUACAGCUUUCUUUUUUGUGCAGCCUCCUGAUUUAAAUACAAAAUACUGUGGAUUAGUUUCUGCAUAUGGAGCCCCCAGUAAAGGCAUUGUCCAAAGUUAUUUAUUUAUUUAUUGGUUGAAACUAUGGAAUGUUUACCAUGGCCACAUAUACCUGAACGAGUGGAGUCUUACUGAUUCAAGGACAUAAAGAAAUAACCAAGAUAGAUUAGUACUAUUAAAAAAACCCAUUGCACUGAUUAGGUUGGUUCAUCUCUGUGGAUUGAAGUACAUUGUAUGCUGCAUGCUUUCAGAGGUCUAAAGGGUGUAGUAAAAUUGUUAAUUUUGAUAUUUUCAUCCUUUGAAUAUGUUCUGAAGUAACCCUCAAGCCGCUGCACCUUUCUUUUUUUUUUUUUUCUUUUUUCUUUUUUACAUAGCUAGGUAAGUAUUCAAAUACUUGGAUACUCAAGUGUCAAAUAUGAACUUGAUAAACCAAAACUUAAUCAUACCAAUUUUGAUAUACUCAGUCGAGUCUUGAAUCAAGUACAAACCCACUCUUUUCUUGAUAGCAGAUGCUUAUGUUUUAUAGGUGCUUUCUUUCUCAGACUUCAUUAUGAAAAAAAUGUUGGAUUUCCACCCCCCCCCCCAUGUUUGUAGAGCCCAACAUAAAACUGUUAAAGUUGGCAUCGUGGUUGUGGUAUGCUUUGAUACAAGUAAAAACAAAAACAAAACUUUUUUUUUUUAAAGCUGCAUGGAUGCAUGCUAAAAGUAAACUAGUUACAAUAUUGAUGUUUGCAUUUCUUUGUGUGGAGAUUGUAUUCUUGAAAGCUUGCCAUCUGAAAACAUUUACAGUGAUCAUCACCCUUAAAAUGCCUCUAUUUUGCCUUAGAAUUGCUUUACUUCAUUAUUCUCUUAUUUCAUAGAAGAGGGGUUUAGAUAAUUCCCCAAGUGCUAAGAAAUAACACUACUUAAUUGACCAAGGCACUGGAAAACGUUUUAAGGGUGAGCUCCAAUAAGAGGCGAUCAGGACUCCCAAGUUUCAUUAAACAAGUUCCCUAGAUUUGAUUGCCCUGUUGAAAAAAAAAUAAAAAUCCCUGUCCUCUAGAUUGUGUAAAACAAUAGCAAUACAACCCUGUAUAGGCAUGAGUUACCCUUUCACCUUGUAGUUAUUCACACAGGUACAAAUUGAAUGAGUGCAACAUACAGUAAAAUUAGGAUAGCUGUGUUUUACAUCUAAUUUGCAUAAGGGUUAGCGAUAACAAGUUACAAGGCAGUGAAGUACUGAGCCCAGUGUGACCACUUUAAUAUAGAUUUAUAGGACCAGGAGCUGUCUUCUUCAUUGAACUGGAUAGAGUUCUGUCUUGUGUCACAAGCUAAAUAUAUGGUACAGCUUCAAAUCUGUUUUGUAACACCAUAUAACUUCCGAAAGUGGGUUGAAUUUUCUGCAGCUGUUUUCAAAGUUGUGGUCUCCUUUCAAGUCUUCGAUUAAUUCCUGUGUGUAGGCUGAAGGAAGUUGAAGUCAGGGUGGGCCUCAGGCUCUGCAGGGAAUAUUCUGGGCUCCUGCUCUUUGAAUUGAUGUGGGAAUUCUGGCUUACUACUUGACCAUUCUCGUCCUGCAAAACACCCCACACUUUGAAGCAAAUGCAAUUCACAGCAGAGUGCACACAAAAACCUUGGCAUAAGACAAGAAGGUUCUUCUUAUUUUGUGGGCUGGUUGCUGUAGAAACCUAUAACAAAGGACAGCCUUCCACUUCGGGUAUAAUUGUGCAGACCCUUUUCUCUAGGCCUGACACCUGUCUGAAUAAGAGUGAUUAGAGCUGAAUAACAUGCCUUGCCUGGCUAUUGAAGAUGUGGUUCACAUACUAAAAGAAAACUGUACAAGUGAAAUAAAAUGUCCAUGUUCUGUCUCUUUGUGUACUACUACAUCUUAAGGUUUUGUAAAAUUUCAUCUUUUUCACAAUGUGAAACUGAAGGUCAAUAAAUUAUUAGAGAUUUUCUCUUCAA